AUGACUCUGUAUCACCGGGGUGUUCGUAUUGGUCAAGUGAUCAGGAGAAAGAAUGUUACGACAGAUGCAUCGAGUACGGGCUGGGGAGCCGUAUGCGAUGGCAGACCAGCCUUCGGGACGUGGUCAGAAACGGAGAAGUCAUGGCACAUAAACUGUCUGGAGCUCCGUGCUGUUCACCUAGCGCUCGAGUGCUUUCUUCCAGACAUUCUUCAACGUCAUGUUCUCAUCAGGACGGACAGCAUGACAGUGGUGGCGUUUAUAAAUCACCAAGGCGGUGUGAACUCGCGACCACUGCUGCAACUGGCGAGAGACCUCCUUCUGUGGGCAGAUCGACACCUCCUCUCCAUCCGGGCAGUACAUGUCCCCGGACGCCUGAACUACGGCGUGGAUUUACUGUCGAGGGGCGGGAUAAUCCACGGGGAGUGGAUAUUACACCCUCUGACAGUCAAUAUGAUUUGGAGUGUAUUCGGCAGGGCGGAGGUGGAUCUCUUCGCAUCAGCGGAGAACACUCACUGCCCGCUGUUUUAUUCACUGACACACUCUCCUCUGGGAGUGGAUGCACUAGCUCACAGCUGGCCGAAGUACGCACCGUGGUUCCCAGAACUGGUGGAGAUGCUGGUAGCCCCCAUGGAUUAUCCCACUGAAGAGACCUCCUCUCUCAAGCACAAGGAACGAUUUGGCACCCAAAUCCAGAGUCAUGGAGCCUUCAUGUCUGGCCGCUCGACGGAGCUUGCCAAUGGGUCUGCAGAGCUGCUCCUCGCCUCUAGUAAUCUUCAGAUUAUUUAUUUAUUUGGCUUUAUAGGGUUGGUUGUGCGUGGUCCCUCUGGUCCUCUGGUUGCUCCUCUGGGAUCUUCAGUAGUUUUGCCCUGUUAUGUUGAUGAACUCUUACUAAUGGAGGAUCUGGAGGUGGAAUGGAGAAGAACAGACUCAGAGACUCUUGUUCAUCUGUAUCAAGAUGGUGAGAGUCGAGCAGAGGCCCAGCAGCAGGAUUAUCAUGAUAGAGCGCAUUUCUUUAUUGAUCAGAUUCAACAUGGAAACUUCUCCCUCCGUCUGGACAAUCUGAGAGCUGAAGAUGAGGGACGAUACACAUGUACUGUUCACAGUCAGCAAGAGUCUGGAGAAACUGUGGUUGACAUAAAAGAUGUUGAGCGUUUGCUAGUAUCAGGAUCGAGUCGCUCCAUAUCUGCGUCUGAGGACGUCACUCUGAACUGCUCUGUAGACUCUCACAUCACACCUGAACACAUUGAAGAGGUUUCAUGGAAGAAAACAGAUGAAGAUGAAGAUAUUCUGGUUCUGCUCUACCAAAACAAUAAGACUUUACCAGAUUCAUCAGAUGAACAAUACAGAGACAGAGUUGAGUUCUUCACUGCUGAAAUCCCCAAAGGAAACUUCUCUCUCAGACUGAAGAGUGUCAGAACUGAGGAUAAAGGAGUUUACAUGUGUCAAGUGUUUGCUGGAGGACUUUCAGCCAAUGCAACUAUUGUACUGGAGAGACUGGUAACGGGUUUCUCUGUUUCACACAUAAUGGUGUUGAUUCUCUGUAUUGCUGCAUCUGGAUCUGCACUUCUGCUCUGCUGCCUGAUCUACUGCAGAUCACCAUAUAAAGGGUUCAUUCAAUCAUUUGCUCCUCUGGGAUCUUCAGUGGUUUUGCCCUGUUAUGUUGACAAAUCCCUAAUAACGAAGGAUCUGAAGAUUCAACAUGGAAACUUCUCCCUCCAUCUGGACAAUCUGAGACGUAAAGAUGAGGGAGAAUAUACAUGUACAGUUCACAGUCAGCAGGACCACUUAUUUUCAACUAAAAUCAUUUUGGAAAUGGGUGAUUAUCGCUCUUUGCUUUUACAAGAUUCAUUUUUCCAUCUUCAGAUGUUUCUAGUCAUCUGUCCAAAUAUCAUCAUGUUCUUUGCUUUUGUCUUGUGGGGUGUUUCUGAAGGAUCCGUGAAUGAGUCAGUUUGUUGUUGUGCUCUUUAUUUUCUGAGGCCUCUCAUUUUACUCUGGGCUUUUCCAUAUGCUAAUGAGUUCACAGGCAACAUUAAAACAUGGAUUCAGAAAUACAGUUAUUGUACAGAAUAUUUAGUUCUCUCAGUUGUUGUUUAUUGAGCUCUUUUUGCAAGUGUUUGGGAAAAACUUCAGAAUUAUGCUGAAUUUGACAGAGCUGUCAUAAUAUUCCUGUUUUUAAUAAUGUUUCUGUGCUGCCUUUGCAAAAUCAUUUACCUUUUAGUUACUGAGGUUGGAAAGAGAAGUGAAGAGAGAACUGUACUGAUAAAUACGAUAAUUGACAUAUUUGACUUAGUGGCUGAUACGAUCUUUGAUAUUCUGCCUAAAUUACAAUUCAUCCUCUUGUUCUUCACUUUUGGAUCUGUCAGAGGAGGAUUCAUCAUUGUUGUCAUUUUACCAGUGUUACUGAUGAUGACAAAUGACAGAUGUUUAUUCAGAUGGUUUGAUAGACUCAGGUGUUCACUUCCAGUCAUGAGAACAGUGAUGUUAAUCAUCAUAAUAGUGAUUAUUGCAGCGAUGAUCGGC